AUGAGCGGUUAUCCACCCCCAGGAGGUUAUCCACCACCAGGAGCUUAUCCACCAGGAGCUUAUCCACCACAACAAGGUUAUCCACCCCCAGGUGCUUACCCACCAGGUGCCGCCUAUCCACCAGGUGGUUACCCACCACAACACUAUCCACAAGCCGGAUAUGUAGCACCACCAGGUGCAUAUCCACCAGGUGCAUACGCUCCACGUGGACCAGUUCCAGGUGCUUACCCAGUUGGUUACACCGGUGCCUACGGACAUCACGGUCACCACAAGAAUGGUACUGGUAACAUUAGUGGUAACAAUAAUGGAGUUGGAAGCAAUCUUGAUGUAGGUAAAAAGAUUGGUUCGGGUAGCAAUCGUAGCAAUAAUACAAAGUCAAACGUUCAACCUACAUUGAAUAUGAAAUCGAUCAUAUCACAAUAUCUAUCAAACAAAGAUCUUUCAACCUUUGUAUUUGUGUUCAGUGCUGAGUUAGUUGUAGAGUCGUAUGGAGUUGCCUCUAGUGCAGAUCUUGAUGGUAGUAGCAAAUAUUCAAAAGAACGACUUCACUUUGAAGGCCAUCUUAGCUCAGCAGGUAUUGAAAAUGAUAGUAAAAACAUUGGAAAUAGUUUGAACAAAAAGUGUGGAGGUAGUGUUGGUAUGAGUGGUGACAAUGAAUCUGGUAGUAAUCGUAAUAAAAUUGGUACUGGUAACAUUAGUGGUAACAAUAAUGGAGUUGGAAGCAAUCUUGAUGUAGGUAAAAACAUUGGUUCGGGUAGCAAUCGUAGCAAUAAUACAAAGUCAAACGUUCAACCUACAUUGAAUAUGAAAUCGAUCACAUCACAAUAUCUAUUAAACAAAGAUCUUUCAACCUUGGUUUGUCAAAGCUCUAAAGAUGAUUCCGAUGAUCAUCCAAUAUAA